AUGACGUUUAACAUUGAUAAAUUCAUAAGAAGCCUAGCGUGGUUCCUUGUGGUGAACGUCACAGUGGUUUCCUACGCCAUGAGGUCAAAUUUCGUCACAACGGAAAUGAAGAUACGUAAUGGAAUGGAAGGCAUUAAACGUCCAGAGAUCGUUUAUCAUUGUAAAGCUAUACACAGCGGCCUUGACUAUGGAUGGCGACGAGCCAAAAAGCCAUCAUUAGGCCAUUCCUUCAACAUACUCUUGGAAGGCGGCCAAAAACUGGAAGAGGAGAUCCACCGCUGCCAUUUCCGGUCAGUGUUCGGUACAGCGGAUGUGGAUAUCAGUAUGACCGCGAUCGAUGCCGAGAUUUGUAAUUAUAAAGAUGAAUGUGCCGUUCACGAGGUUACACCGGAAGGGAUAAUGUUCAAUGGUAAAGAAUGGGAUUUUGAGGAGAGGUAUCCAAGGCUGAUACCGAGGAAAUUCCUCGAAGCUAAGUGGAAACCCUGGCCACGACGCAGCAGCUAA